CCAAUGCUCAAACAAAAGUUUCCAGCUUUCCUGGUGAAAGCAUAGCUGUCACCAGCUUUAGGCUCUUCCUAGUAAUUGCUCACGCGUACUCCCUUACUCUCUCCAUACCUUAUUGCCUUUAAUAUAUCAUUUCUUUCUAUAUAUAUACCUCUCUCCUUAAACCCUCUUCCACUCACUCACUCAUUCACUCACUAAAUUCUCUAUAUUCUUCUCUCUAUUUCAAAAUGGGGUUUUCAUUUUCAAAUGGGCUUUCAACAAUUGUUCUUCUACUUGCUUUUUUAGUCUCUAUAGUCUCUGCAAACUUUCACCAAGAUUUUGACAUAACUUGGGGUGAUAAUAGGGCUAAAGUGUUCAAACAAGGCCAACUUCUUUCUCUUUCUCUUGAUAGAGUUUCUGGCUCUGGUUUUGUCUCCAAAAAAGAAUACAUGUUUGGUAGAAUUGAUAUGCAGCUCAAGCUUGUAGCUGGAAAUUCUGCUGGAACUGUCACUGCCUAUUAUCUUUCUUCACAAGGGCCUACUCAUGAUGAAAUAGAUUUUGAAUUUUUGGGAAAUGUUACUGGUGAACCAUACAUAUUACACACCAAUGUGUUCACUCAAGGCAAAGGAAACAGAGAACAACAAUUCUAUCUAUGGUUUGACCCCACAAGAAACUUCCACACUUACUCUGUUAUCUGGAAACCCCAACACAUUAUUUUCUUGGUUGACAAUACUCCCAUAAGGGUAUUCAAAAAUGCUGAAAAAGUUGGUGUACCAUUCCCUAAGACACAACCAAUGAAAAUUUACUCAAGUCUUUGGAAUGCUGAUGAUUGGGCCACAAGAGGUGGAUUGAUCAAAACUGAUUGGUCAAAGGCACCCUUUACAGCUUACUACAGAAAUUUCAGUUUCAAGGACUUGAAAUCAUCUUCAAACUCAUUGUCUUCUUCUGAUAAUUCAGUUUGGCAAACCAAUGGACUUGAUGGCCCUGCAAGGAGAAGACUCAGAUGGGUUCAAAAGUAUUUCAUGAUUUACAAUUAUUGUUCUGAUCUAAAACGUUUCCCACAAGGUGUUCCUCUUGAGUGUAGACAAUCAAGGUUUUAGGAAAGGUUUUCACUUUGUAAUUGGUUGUGUUAUGAAGGGUUGUUGAUGAUGAUGAUGAUGAUGAUGAUGAGGUUGUUGUAUUAUAUAGAUUAUGUAUUAGUUUUCUUUUUUUUUUUGGUGGAAAUUCAUUUGUUUCUUUCUUGUUGUUAUGUAUAAAAGAAUGGGUUUUUUUUUUCUUUUAGCUUUGUUAUGAUGAUGCCUUAUCUCUUUGAUCAAUAAAUGAAUAUUUUUCUUCUUUUUAUGUCUA